AUGUUCAGCAGUUCUUCUAAUUUACCUCCUUCAUAUCAGCUUACUAGUUUAGAUGAUGAUUCAUCCAAUUAUCUUCCACUUGUAAUCAAUAGAGCAAAAAAAAUUAAAAGACGUCACAAUGAUAUCAGUGACAAUGAUGAUCAACUUUUAACUUCCUACAAGUGGAGAAUGUUUUAG